AUGGAAUCCCUUGUUGCAGCAAACACCAAAUUUUGCUUUGACCUUUUUCAAGAGAUAAGCAAACAAGAUGGUCAUAGAAACAUCUUUUUCUGUCCUCUGAGCCUCUCGGCUGCCCUCGGCAUGGUCCGCCUGGGGGCUAGAAGCGACAGUCCUUAUCAGAUUGAUAAGGUACUCCAUUUCAAUGAAUUUUCCCAGAGUGAAAUCAAAGAAACCCACCCCUGUCUGAAAAGCAACAAACUGGAAGUGGUGGCUGACAGCCACAUGGAAGGGCAGGAAAGCACAAAGGGGCCUCUGAAUCUGCAGGCUGAGUCUUCAAAUGAUGAGAGUGGAGUAUUCAGCUCUUACUUCGGGAAGCUCCUCUCCAGGCUGGACAAAAUGGGAGCUGAUUACACCCUGUGUAUUGCCAACAGGCUCUACAGAGAGCGGGAAUUUCCAGUCUGCCUGGAAUACUUGGAUGGUGUGAUUCAAUUUUAAACGAUUGAAAGUGUUGAUUUCUGGAAGGACGCUGAAAAGUCCAGACAAGAGAUUAACUUCUGGGUUGAAUCUCAAUCUGAAGAUAAAAUCAAAGAGUUCUUCAGCCAGGACACCAUCAACAACAUGACUGUGCUGGUGCUGGUGAAUGCCGUGUACUUCAAGGCCAAGUGGUAGAAGUAUUUUGACUCUAAAAACACAGUUGAUACACCUUUCUUUAUGAACGAGAAUGAAAAGAAGACUGUGAAGAUGAUGAACCAAAUGGGUCUGUUUAGAAUUGGCUUCAUAGAGGAACUUCAGGCACAGAUCCUUGAAAUGAGGUACACCAAGGGGAAACUCAGCAUGUUCGUCCUGCUGCCAUCUUCCUCCUCAGACAACUUAAAUGGUCUGGAAGAACUUGAAAAGAAAAUGACCUAUGAAAAAAUAGUGGCCUGGACCAGCUCUGAAAAUAUGUCAGAAGAAACAGUAGCUGUCUCUUUCCCCCAGUUCACCCUGGAAGACAGCUAUGAUGUCAAUUCUAUUCUACAAGACAUGGGCAUUGUGGAUAUCUUUGAUGAAACAAAGGCUGAUCUUACAGGAAUUUCUUCCAGUCCUAAUCUGUACCUGUUGAAGAUUGUACACAAGACGUUUUUGGACGUAGAUGAAGACGGCACCUGGGCAGCUGCAGCCAGUGGAGCUGUUGGUGUGCUGAAGUCAAAGCCACCCUAUACGACCUUCAGUGCCAAUCGUCCUUUUCUCUUUUUCAUCAGACACAACCAAACUCAAACCCUUUUCUUCUAUGGCAGGGUCUACUCUCCUUGA